AUAAGAAAUAUAAAGUACUCAAACACAGAAAGGAAGAAUGACAAAAUCGUCAGCUUCAAUAUAGCAUCGUUAACAUGACUACAAUGUGUGUAUACAUCUCCACCACUCACAUCGGUUAUCAGCCAUGCCAUCACCUACACUCUCCAAUCACUGGUUUCUCUUCUACCGUGGACCACCAACUACCCAGUCUGCAUCACCCCGUAUGGCUCAAACCAACAGUAAAACUACUUCAUACAUCGAUUGAUCUUACGUUCUACUAUGGACACCUCGGGUCUUUUCCCAGCCUCAACCUACUUCAACCAACAUUGUGUGACGACGGAAACGGAAACUCUCCAUCUCAUCAGUGUCUUCACCUAACAGGACUAUGUCAUCUGCGUAUUCUACGUCUAACGAAAAUUCUUCCACAAUUACGUCAACAUCCGUGUAUUCACUUGACGAAAGACACACCUCCAUAAGAAUAUCCAUGAUAAAAUUGAAUAAGAAUGGAGACAGUGGGCACCAUUAACGCACACCAUUCAACGAGUACAGCUCCCCAGACAUCUCACCAUACCAUCUAACACGUCCACAAGUCUUCGAGUAGAUAGCCCUCAAUAAGGUGAUGUACUUACUCAUCACUCCUUUCAGUGAGAGACAUUGCCACAAAACUUCUUCAUCAACGAAGUCGAAUGCGG